AUCACACAAGGCCAGUUGCAGGAGGAAGUUGAAUUGAUCUGAGCAAUUAAUCGGUGCAGGAUUCGUACUGAGGCAGCCGCACUAUUGCUCACUGAAUUUCACAUCUACCCCUCUCUAUCCACCCAUCCAACACUCAAUCCUUCCAUUCUUGGUGCUCACGGGAUUGGAAGGUGUUAUUUGAGGAGCCUUGGUGAAUUUCUGCAGUGUAUCUUGUAGAUGGUACACACUGAAUGUUAGUGAUGGAGAGAGCGGAUGCUGAAGGUCAUAAAUGAAGUACUAAUUGAAUAGGAUACUUUGUAGCAGUGGUUUAUACUAGCUGCACUCAUCGAGGCAAGCAGAGAGUACUCCAUCACGCUUGUAAAUCCCAGGGCUCAAUGAAGUGCCUUGUGGAUGUUGGGCAGGCUUUGAGGAGCCAGGAGACAGUAUAAAGGGAAACUGUGAACAGCUAAUACUUCACUCACCCAGGAAAAUAGUGAGAGUUUCUGACAGAGAAACUGCAACCAUCUGAGAAGGCAGCUCCUCUAUUAACAACAGCAUUUUAUCAGGUUAUCAUGAGGUUCCUGUGGAUCUUACACUGUGUCUUGGGAGUCUACAUGAUGGAGGCUGGAGAAGAUUAUACCUCAGAGACCGAUGUUCUGGCUUCCCUGUUCCCCUUGCGUUUGAACAACACAUUCGCGACUGAGAGUGCAGCUGGAUUGGGAAUGAUGGAGCUCUCGAAUGUGUGUGAGAUAACAGUGCUGACCAGUUCCUUAGCCAGCCCCGGGGAGCAGGAAGCAGUGGGCCCUGUAACUCAGGAAGACCUUAAUCUCAUCAAGGAUCUCUUGAAUAGCAGCAGUUUCAUACUGGAGAGCUUGGCAUCUGCAGUUAACGAAGAGAUUGGGAAAGUAAACUACCAAUCACUUAUCACGGCCGCAGUCCAGGACAUUAAACAACAGAAUGAGCUAUCCAAUAACAUUAUGACAGAAAUCUUGCAAGCCCUUGACUCAGAGCCAACAUCAGAUAACCAUGUGAAAAAGUUCAAGGAGAAUGUUUGGAAGAUGGAAACGAUGCUGCAGACUAUCGAUCUCCUUGCCAGCCAGGUUGAGGACCUGUCAGACACUCUCUCCACAGAGCUAAACCAUCACAUGGCUAAGUCUCAUACAGUGAAGUCUAUCCAAUACAAGAACUGAGAGGAGGCUGGUUGCCCUGUGUAUUAAGCACCACGUCCCAUCAUCAAUCAGCUCACAUUUGAGAUGUUAACAUUUUUUCUUGACAAGAUUCCAGCAUUUGCAGAAAGGAUCAAACAAUGAGCUAAAGACACUAGUCCCUAUUUCCUGAGUGGCAAUGCUCUAUAGUCUGGCAAAUCAUUUCUACUCACUAGCUUCUGGUCUAAGUUCUGUUCUUUGCUCUAUUCAAAACUAUUCACUGCCGAGCUUUCGUUGUGUUUCAUUGCAUUGCCAGCACAUCAACAGCUGUGUGCACCCAUCUUAUGUUUCCCAGCGUUGCCAUAUGUAGGGUCAUGCUUCCAAACAGGUCGUUAAGGAUAUUAAAAAUUGCUCACUAUUCACUUCUGUAAAUGGCUGCCUUACUGAAUAUGUUCAAACUCAUGCAGUUUUAACAAUUGAAUAAAUGUUAAGAAAUGAUGCAUUCUGUGAAGGGCUGACCUGGCAAUAACCCGCUCACUGGGAUUCUCCAGUGUUUCAAAAGUCGAGUGAUCCCUCAGUUCUCAAAGUGCUGCUCUGGGCAGGUUCCAAAGGAAGGACUUUGGACCAGGAAGUCUUUGGCCUUUAUUCAAUAACACACCAUUGAGGCUUCAUAAAGAUCAAGACCUCCAUAUUCCAAGUGCAGUUGAUCCAGAAUUUCUCCAAAUGUUGAAACUUGUACUAAAAGAAAACAUAUCCCAAAUGGUACAGUCAUCACAGGAAUACAUAAAUGUUUCAGAGCAGUGGCUGAGUGAAUGAAAUACAUUUGAAUUUUUACAAAGAUCUGAUAAAUAUACGUCAGAAAAAUAAAGAAUCUUUUAAAUGCA